AUGACGUCGCCAGAUGUCUCUCGAAAGAGACCAGCGCCAGGCGCCUCUCCCAUCGCCCGUCAACACAUAGGCCCAGCAGACCUCCAACUAUCCAACGACCAGUUCGUACAAUGGGCGCAGUCCAGCCCCACUCAUUCAGAACCCCCUGCUGCUCUCGGCGGAUCCCAGCAAUACUCCUCCGCCGUGCCGAAACCAGUCGAUGUCGACUCCUUGCAGGCAUCAAACCAACUCACGCGGCGGCCAGGCAACCAGCUAGUUAGUCGAGCACAAUUACAUGACCAGAAUGCGAUUUCAUUGAUGGACCCAACCAGACCAAGAACAGAUAGCAGAGGAGAUCCUGACACGGAGACAGAAGCAGAGCUGGCCAAACGAGCGCUCCUGGCCAAAAAGGACGCGCAGGCAAAGAGGAAACAGAUUCCGCCAUUCGUACAGAAGCUGAGCAGUUUUCUCGACGAGUCAAAGAAUACCGAUCUAAUACGAUGGUCUGAAGAUGGGAAUUCAUUUAUUGUGCUGGACGAAGAUGAAUUCGCCAAAACGCUAAUUCCAGAGCUUUUCAAACACAACAACUACGCCUCAUUCAGUCCCAGCGAAUAUUCGAAUCCUUAUUUCAGGCGUGGUCACCCUGACCUCCUUUGGCUCAUACAGAAGCCCAAGAAUGUAUCUGCCCAUGGCCGAGGGUCUGCCAAAGGUGGACAACGUGUGAAGAACGACGGUGACGGAGAUGACGGAGAUAAUGAGGACUUUGGAGACGAAGGAGGUGGUGCCCAACAUGAGCGGUCAAGGUUUCGUGGACAACUCUCCAUCGGUGCUGGGGAGGGCAUACUGGCAAAUGAACAAUUAGCCAAUGUAUACCGUGAGCUUCAGAAUAUUCGUCAACAACAGCAAAUAAUAUCCUCGACUAUCGGCAAAUUGCGACGAGAGCACGAACAGCUCUAUGGACAGGCAGCCACAUUCCAGGAACAGCACACCCGCCACGAAAAUUCUAUCAACGCCAUACUCACAUUCCUGGCCACGGUGUAUAAUCGAAGUUUACAGGGUCAUGAAGGAAUCCAGGGAAUUGUUAACUCCUUUGCUGGAGCCAUACCCCAAGACACAACUCAGAGGAACAUUGUCGACAUGAACGAUUAUAUCGGAGGUAUAAAUGUAGAUCCUUCUGGUCAGCGGCCUUUUAAGAAACAGCAAUUGCUGCUGAAGGCGCCUCCAGUUAGUGACCGAGAUGUACAGCCGUUGCAAGGCAACGCAAUAAGUCCUUCCUCGACUGCCAGUCCUUACGAUACAUCUCUAAGUCACAGACGACUAUCCGAGCACAAGAACAGCACGGCGUCUGGGAACAUCGAAGAGCCGUUUGGCAGUCCCCACAAUUCAGCUUCCCAGGCACCAAUCCCAAACCGACAAGAGCAGCAACUCCCUGUACAGCACCAGCGAACGCCAUCGUCCCAAUCUGCUCAGCAAGGUCAAUCCGCGCCUAACUUACCCGAGAGAGACAUCAUGUCUGCUAUCCAGAACUCGAACGCGAGGAAUAAUCCAUCGUCCAACUUAUCUGAUUUUCCCAGAAUGCUCUCCUCGUUUGAAACUUCUGGUGGAAAUUCUCCCCUUACUGCGUCACAGCGAGCUGAUGUGCUGCGCCUGAUUGCCAACCAAAACCAUGCCUCCGAUCCAACUACUACAGCGUCACCGAACAAUGCGCUCAUCACACCAAAUCCGCCACCGAUGCCAGCAGGCUACCCUACCCGCCUUGCCAGCACGCGAGCGGAAAUCGACAACCUCGUGAAAAUGCAGGCAGAGCAAGACCGCUCCGUUCAGAAUCUCACGAGCCUUCUACAGCCUUUGAGCCCUAACGGAUCAAUCCCAGGCCUUGAUGAAAACAGCCUGAAUUCAGGGGUGCCACCUCCGCCCCUGGACCUGGAUCAGAUUUUUAACAGUGACUAUUUCUCUGACAUCCCGGGCAUGGAUAAAAAUGGCGACCUAUCUGGGCUCAACGACGAUCUUCAAACGGGCGAAGGAAAGGAGUCUGAUAACAACGCCACAAACCAUACCCCCACUGCCAGUGAUACUCACGCUAGCGAUCUAUUCGAUUUCGACGGGCUCCCGCCGGUCACGACCAGCGAUGUAUUCCGUACCUCCAAUGCGCCCGUUCAUACACUUCCGGUGUCAGGAGCGCCUGGAUACUUUGACGGGUAUAUCGGUAUCAACCACGGCAGUAGCGGUAGUGAGACUCUUGACACUUCAGGGCUGGGUGAUGGAUCCGGCACACUUAAUUUCGGUGGUGCAAGAAGCGGCGGAUCUGAUGGGUCUCGCAUCACUGAGGCGUUUUCGAGCAGUGAGUGUCGAUGA